AAAAAUAAAAAAAAACCAGAGUACACACACUGACUUCAAAAUCCACCGCCAGUAGCACAACACAACACAACACAACAAACGCGCGCGCGCGCGCGCACACACACACACAUCCUAAAACAUUCCUGUUUUCUUAAUUUCCAGACUUGCAGUGUCUCUGCAAACUUUGUUAUAAUAACAACAACCUAAAUAUGAUGAUGGAUGGAGGUGAAUACUCGGCGGACUACUUAAGUAGGUCGAACUCGGUCUCCAAGAAGAAGAGGAACAAGAACCAAAAUAAUUUCAGCGAUGACCAGAUCAGAUCAUUGGAGACCAUGUUUGAGUCAGAGUCUAAGUUGGAGCCACGGAAGAAGAUGCAGGUGGCUAGAGAGCUUGGGUUGCAGCCAAGACAAGUUGGGAUAUGGUUUCAGAACAAAAGGGCUCGCUGGAAAUCCAAGCAGCUCGAGCGGGACUACAGCGUUCUACGAGCUGAUUACACUACCCUGGUUUCCCAGUUCGAAGCCUUGAAGAAAGAGAAGCAGGCUUUAGUAUUACAGUUGCAGAAGUUGAAUGACCUGAUGCAAAAGUCCCGGCCAGAGGACAACCUGGGUUGCAGGCAAGGAGUACCAGAGAAUAACAGCAUUGGGGACCGAUUGGACAGUGGAGAAGAUUUCAAGACUGAAUUUGCAGUGAAACCCAGCCUGUCGAUGGAAGAUGACGACAAUAGCAACAUAGAGGCCAAGUACUUUGGGAUUGAUGAAGAACCAGAACUUCUAAACAUGGCGGAAGUAGAACCAGCAGAUAGCUCCUUGACAUCACCGGAAAAUUGGGGCGGCUUCGACUCAGAUGGCCUGCUUGAUCAAUCUGGUAGUAGUGAUCAGUGGUGGGACUUCUGGUCUUAGAUGAAUUAAACACAGUAAAUGGUAUGGAGGAAAUGUAUGCAAAUAAUCUUCGUUCUGUUUGGUAGGACUGGAUAGAGACAUGGAAUGGUGAAAAUUGAAAUAGCUCAGCAGAUUUAUGAAUUCAGAUGCCAAUGAAUGUGUUUCUUCGUGAUUUUGAGGAUGGCAAACAGCGCACUUCAAUUGAUCCCCUCAAUCUCACUGCAAUACAUUGUUGAGCACACUACCGCCUGUGUGUGCACGCACGCAAGAGAGAGAGAGAGAGAGAGAGAGAGAGAGAGAGAGAGUCCAGUUUAUAGUAGUACAUCUGUUACUUUGUAUUCUCCCGGUUUAUAGUAGUACAUCUGCUACUUUGAAUUCACCCAACACAAUUAUUUUAGCA